CAACAACCACUUGCGGCCCAUCGCGAGUUUUCAUUCUCUAGCAGCCUAUCCGACUUGUCAAGAUGCCGGAGGCACGACAGGAAGAGGACCAGGGCGGAAAGAGCAUUGUCCGGACCCUCGUUCAAAGCGUCGGCAUAUUCUUCCUCAUCCAAUUUGCCUCGAAGCAACUCUUCCCCGCAGCGCAGAAUGUUCAAUCCGCAAAAGGAGGCUCCGCCGUCGCUGGCACGCCGGGCAAAGUCAACAUCCCCGCCUACGCCGACCGCCCGCAUCAGCUCAAUGCAGAUGCCGCGUGGAAUCCGAUACCGCAGAUGAUUGCGCCCAUGUGGCCUGUAGGAACCGAGGUGGAUAUCUCCAUGUACAUCUCGCCGUCGCUCAUCAUGCCUGCCCUUAAAUCGAUGCCAAAGGAGUCGCUGUUGAUUGAGGAGAAGAACUUCAGGUUCGGGGAAUACAAGGAGAAUCGGAUUGUUGAGACCGAGUUCAAGGUGCCGAGUGCGGUUCAACGCAACGCUACACUGUUCGCGCAUUUUUACGUCGGCCAGAGCGGCAGUGUGUUGGAUCCCACGGCCCCGGGUUAUAACCCUUCCCAGGCGUAUCGUGUAGUUCGACCCCUGACGCGAUUCAUGCCCAAAAAGAAGAUUGCAAAGACGAGGAACCUGCUGUCGGAUAUGCCGGAGCGGGAUGUAGAGACCGAAGAGGAGAAGAAUGCGCCCAAGGUCAUUGCUUCGUACUACCAUCCCAACUUCACGCUUUCCAUGAUUCCGGAUACCGGCGUGGUCAAUUAUCCGUCUAUGCACCCUGGACCGAGGAGUUUCUUCCAGCUUGAGCAGACUGGUGCCAGGGAUGCGACGGGUCAGAAUGGAUGGUAUUAUCCCGUCCUGUUCCCGAAUACGUUCUGGCAGCUCAGAAAGGAUAUGAUUGAGUUGAAUGAGACGGUCAAGACGCUCCCGCUCAAUGUGAAGCUUAACAAUCUGGCGAACUGGAAGUUCAACCUGUACGCAUCCAUGGAGGAGAACCUGCGUGCGCAGGCUGCGGCGCACGCAGCUGGCCAGUCCACACCUACGGGUAGCGAUGGCUCUGAGAUGGAGAUGUUCAAGGAGAUCCUCAUUGACAGCAACUCUUACCUCUUGGCUCUUACGGGGGUUGUUUCUGUCCUGCAUAUGAUCUUUGAGAUGCUCGCGUUCAAGAACGACGUGGCCCAUUGGCGCAAGAAGAAGGAUAACGUUGGCACGUCUGUCCGCACCAUUCUGUCCAAUGUGGUCAUGCAGACCAUCAUCUUCCUGUAUCUGAUGGACAACAACGAGAACACAUCCUGGAUGAUAUUGUUUGGUCAGGGCAUGAGCAUCGCCAUCGAAGCCUGGAAAGUCACCAAGACUGUCAACGUCCGUCUUCGACCCACCGCGCCUGGCUCGUUCCUUCCGUACGCCAUCGUCUUCGAGGACAAGCACGUGCUUUCAGAGACAGAGAAGAAGACGGAGGAGUACGACCAGAUUGCCUUCAAAUAUCUCUACAUGGUCGCCAUCCCUCUCCUUCUGGCAUAUGCCGUCUACUCGCUCAUGUACGAGACCCACAAGAGCUGGUACUCAUUUAUCAUCACCACGCUCGUCGGCUCCGUCUACGCCUACGGCUUCCUCAUGAUGGUACCUUCGCUCUACAUCAACUACCGUCUCAAGUCUGUUGCGCACAUGCCCGGCCGCGCCAUGACGUACAAGUUCCUCAACACCUUCAUCGAUGAUUUGUUCGCCUUCACCAUCAAGAUGCCCACGCUGCAUCGCCUGGCCACGCUGAGAGACGAUGUCAUUUUCUUCAUCUACCUGUAUCAGACUUGGAUCUACAAGGUGGAUUACUCGCGUGUGAAUGAGUUUGGCCAGGGCGGCGAUGAGGAAGAGGAGGAGGAGAAGAAGGCGAAUAAGCCGCUUAGGGCGCCCGCGGGGGCGGAUAAGGGGCUGAAGGUUCCAGAUCAGGAGAAGGUCAAGGAGGUGGAGGCGGCGAAGGCGACGGGGUCGCAGAGGAAGGGGGGUGCGAGUAAGAGGAAGUAAAAGGGUUGGGUAAGGGAGAAUGUGUCUUCAUUUAGUGGCAUAGAUGAAUGCAUGGUCAUCGUAGAGAUUGUUACUGUAUGGCGGAUAUAUAUGAAUUAUGCGAUACUUUUGGAAUUCGA